AUGUACAUGCUAGAUGGCAAAACAGCGUUGGUGACAGGUGGUAACUCUGGCAUUGGCUUCGAAACAGCAAAAGAUUUAGCAAAGCGAGGUGCCAGGGUAAUAAUUGCAGACAUUAACAACGCUGAAACAGCUGUUGCAAAUAUUACUCAGUCCACUGACAAUCCAAACGUGCAAUACAUGCAUAUAGAUCUAUCUAAAUUCAGCAAUAUACGAUUGUUUGCUGAUAAAUUUAACAAGACUUUGGAUCAAUUAGAUAUUCUCGUAAACAAGGCGGUCAUGGAGAAAUUAUUGAAAUCACCUCAAUGUAGAAUAGUUAAUGUAACUUCAGUUGUUUAUACAAUAGGGAGUAAAGUACCUGACAAAAAGACACUUUAA